UGCUGAGGAGCAACUAAGCCCGUGCGCCACAACUACUGAGCCUGCGCUCUAGAGCCCGAGAACCACAACUACUAAAGCCCUCGUGCCUAGAGGCCGUGCUCUGCAACCAGAGAAGCCACUGCAAUGAGAAGCCCGCGCACCGCAACGAAGAGUAGCCCCCGCUCGCCACAACUAGAGAAAGCCCGCAUGCAGCAGUGAAGACCCAGUGCAGCCAAAAAUUAAUUAAUUAAUUUAAAAAAAAAGAAUUUCUAGUUUGUGUAUGUGGAAACGGAGGCCCUGAGGAAGGUAUAAUUGCCUCAGGCCUCCAGGAUGGCGAUCCAGUUCCGCUCACUUUUCCCCUUGGCACUGCCUGGAGUGCUGGCGCUCCUUGGCUGGUGGUGGUUUUUCUCUCGUAAAAAAGAGCACGUCAGAAGCCACAACAAACAGAUGGGGGCCAGCGCUGUGAAGCUGAGGGCUGGCCCUGCCGCGGAGGAAGCGGUCCCCGUGGAGGACCCGUCUCCCGGAGCAGCGGCCCCGCCCCCCGGUGCCGCCCAGCCGCCUGAGAGGGAGCUCCCCACCGCCAGUAAGCCCCCUGGGGAGCUGCCCGCCCUGCUGCGGGCACACCCGGCCUACCGGCGAUCAGAGUCCUCGCGCGGGCUUCCCAGCACCGCGGACACGAGGUUUCGUCCAGGACCACGCAGAGAGGACAGUGCAAGGAUGGAGCUCGCUCUGACGGGUGACGAAGCUAAGUCUGCUCCUCUAGAGUGUCCCCUGCCGUCCCCAAAAGGCGUUCCGUUCCCCCACGAAGCGGCUGAGGUGUGUAAUCGAGAGACCGUGAUGGGCAGGCCGGCAGGGUGGCGCCGGCAGGGCCCGCCUGCAGCCCCCGCAGAGAAGGUGGGCCCCGGGGAGAAGACCAGGGAGAUGGGUGGCGCCGAAGGCACAGGUGACGCGGUGAUGGGAGAAAACGUGCUGGAAGAAGGUCCCGUGUCCCGGGAGCAGGGCCCCGAGUUGCUGAGCAGCAGAGCCCCCAGCCUGGCUCCCUUGGGAGGAGGGGGAGAGAAGGGGAGGAGCAGUGUGCUGGCGGUGGGCGAGGAGCCCGUGGGGCAGUUGCUGAGUAGCUUCGUGGAGUCGGCCCACGCGGAGCUGGCGACGCCCGAUGAGACGCCAACGCCCCGGGUCAGGGGGAGCAGAGGCUGGGACGGAGACUUCAGCCGCGAGCUGAGCAAGGAAGAGACCUUGGACAAAAACGAGAAGGUCGAGCAGGCUGCCUUCCAGAUCAUCUCCAAAGUGAUCUUGGAGGCCACCGAGGAGGUGCUGACCACCACGAUGGGCAGGAUCGCGGGCCGGAUGUAUCAGGCCCCGGCUGCUCAGCCCCAAGGGCCGAAGGAGGAGGAGGGCUGUGCCCGAGCCAACCAGAAAACUGCCCUGGGCCAGCGUGCCGCGGAGCCUGCUCUGGCCACAGCGGAGGCAGCCACGGGCCCGGUGGGCGCCGCCUUCCCCUCCGCAGACCUGCUGGCAGAGGAUCUGCCGCCACCAAAGACCUACGUGAGCUGCCUGACCAGCCCUCUGUCCAGCCCCACCCAGGACAGGAAGCCAAAGAACUCCACGCACCACAUCUCCCUGGCCCCCUGCCCUCCACCGGCUGCCCCGCUUGGAGAGUCACUGGACGAGGCAAGCAUCCUGGCAGAAGAUGCCGCUUGUGUCACCUGCAUGUCCAACAACGGCCAGGGCGUCCCCUCAGUGGCCUCCUCUGGGCAGUGCUCAGAUUCUGUCAGCACUUCGGGGCUCGAAGACUCUUGUACAGAGACCACCUCCAGCCCCAGGGACAAGGCUACCACCCCGCUGCUGCCAGAAAGUACUGUGCCCUUCAGCAACGGGGUGCUGAAAGGGGAGCUGUCGGACCUGGGGGCUGAGGAUGGAUGGACCGUGGAUGCGGAAGCAGAUCAUUCGGGAGGUUCGGACGGGAACAGCAUGGAUUCGGUGGACAGCUGCUGUGGCCUCAGGAAGCCUGACGGUUUCCAAAAUGCCCAGGCAGGCUCCCAUCCCAAGAAGGUCGACCUCACUGUCUGGGAGAUCGAGGUGCCUAAGCACCUAGUUGGUCGGCUGAUUGGCAAGCAGGGACGGUAUGUGAGUUUUCUGAAGCAGACAUCUGGUGCCAAGAUCUACAUCUCAACCCUGCCAUACACCCAGAACAUCCAGAUCUGCCACAUAGAAGGCUCUCAGCAUCAUGUGGACAAGGCACUGAGCUUGAUUGGGAAGAAGUUCAAGGAACUGAACCUCACCAACAUCUACGCUCCGCCACUGCCUUCGCUGGCACUGCCUUCUCUUCCAAUGACUUCCUGGCUCAUGCUCCCGGAUGGCAUCACUGUGGAGGUGAUCGUGGUCAGCCAGGUCAAUGCUGGGCACCUGUUUGUGCAGCAGCACACACACCCUACCUUCCAUGCGCUGCGCAGCCUGGACCAGCAGAUGUACCUCUGCUACUCUCAGCCUGGAAUCCCCACCUUGCCCACCCCAGUGGAAAUAACGGUCAUCUGCGCUGCCCCUGGCAUGGACGGUGCCUGGUGGCGAGCCCAAGUGGUAGCCUCCUACGAGGAGACCAAUGAAGUUGAGAUUCGCUACGUUGACUACGGUGGAUACAAGAGAGUGAAAGUAGACGUGCUCCGGCAGAUCCGGUCUGACUUUGUGACCCUGCCGUUCCAGGGAGCAGAGGUCCUUCUGGACAGCGUGAUGCCCCUCUCAGAUGAUGACCACUUCUCACCUGAGGCAGAUGCAGCUGUGAGCGAGAUGACGGGCAAUACAGCACUGCUGGCUCAGGUGACGAGUUACAGUCCAGCCGGCCUUCCUCUGAUUCAGCUCUGGAGCGUGAUUGGAGACGAGGUGGUGUUGAUAAACCGGUCGCUGGUGGAGCGAGGCCUUGCUCAGUGGGUGGACAGCUAUUACUCGAGCCUCUGACCCCGUCCCCACGCCGCUUCUGGAGUCUUUUUUGCACUGUUGAAAUUGGGCUUGGUACUCAAGGCAAAGACUUUACAUCAGAAUUACAAACAUUUGUCCUGCCCAGAAAGUCCUUUCUUUCUGUACUGUAGUCAUGUUGAGAUGUUUCGUCUCUGAGACAAGGAAAGAACUGUGGGUUCUUUUCAAAGCCAUAGAUAGCAUGGCGUGUAACAAGCCAGUCUGCUUAACCUGGUUACAAGCUGUUUAUUUAAAAAAAAAGUGGAAGGAAAACUGUCUCAACUAGGUUGUCCUGCCCCCCUCCAUUCCGUUCCUCCCUUAUUCCUAUUUCCUCCCCUCCCCUCCCCAAACCCAAACCCAAACCCAAACCCAAACCCAAACCCAAACCCAAACCCCUGUAGCAGACAGGCCAAGGGAGGUGUUGCUUGUGGGGAAGGGUUUCUUUUACCUUUAGAGCCUCUCUUCAGGGAGCAAGACAUGAACUGACUGAUGGGCAUCGAUCACGUGUACAGCUUACAAAUGAAUUUAUGAUAUUUAACCGUUUUUUAUAAAUUCCAUCUAGGUCUCUAAGAAGGCAGACUUUUUAAUGCAUCUGUAAAUACAAAGCAAUCAUACCUCCAGCCUCGGUCAGUGGGAGACGGGGGAACCGUUGUCUUGCCAAGCCUGAUUGUAAUUUGUAACCAUUUUCUAUUUGUGCAAACUCUGUAAAUAUGUUUAAAAAAUGUAAUUAUUUUGUACAAGAUACACUGGAGAACAAAGGGAACCCAUGAUUUUUCCACAUCCCAUGUUGUCUGUGAGCAGAAGUUACUUGUGCCGGCUACUGCUGCCCGUCCCAGCUCCCCUCGCGUCCUGCGUACCUGACAGCGUGACUGUAUGGUAUAGGUGUGAUCCGGGGAUUUUUUUUUUUUUUUUUUUUUUUUUUUCUGUACAAAUUUGUUUAAAAAAAAAAGAAAAGCAAAAAAAGCAGCUCAUUGAAUUAC